GCCGAAUUGUAUUUAUCGAAUUAGCAAUGACAGAACGACCAAAACCGUACCAUCCACAAAGGCAAACCUUGCACUUCAAGUUCUGUUUCUCGCCGACAGGUGCCAGCACUGCCCGCGGCCUCCCGCGUCGGCCGUCGCCCGGGUCGUGCUAAUAAUAUCCUGCGGCGGUAACUUGCCAGCCAGCGGCGCGGGCCAUGUCUGCCGCCCGUCGAGCGCUGGAUUCCACCUCCAGUGGUGGUGUCGACAGGGCCAGCCGAGACGAGAGCCGCUCCGCCGCCCCGCCCGCGCGACGAUCCAGUCUUGCGUCGGUGGUGAGGUCACGUUUGCGGCGAGGAUCGAGGAGUGAGGUGACGCCUGAGGAGAGACGUGGAGUGCGACGCGAGUCGAGGUCCGAGCCCCGCGCGGCUCCACGGACAGGUCAGACGGCGAGGGAGAGUGGGGAGUGGGGAGAGGAGUUGGUGACUGAGAAAACAAAGCUCGGAGUCUCGCGAAAAUCGACAAAAGGUGACGUAAGCUCCAAGUCAACCACUAAGUCAAGAUCUGAAGCGAGAGCUGUUCCACGGUGUGAGAUAAGAAAAGCGAGUUCAUUGGAUGCAUAUUCUGGAAAUCGUCUGGGCUAUCAAAGUCAGACAAGCUUAAAUUCAGAACCUGCGAAUUUCUCUGAGCGCCAGACUGCAGCAAAAUCCGCAGAUCAUUCUGACUCACGUGCAGAGCAGUCAGAGUCACCUCCUGCAAUCCGGAUAGAAUCCGGAUCGGGAUCGCCAUCCGAACUCCGUCCCGAGAUUCGAAUCUCUUGCGUGGGAGCUGCGAGCGAUCAUCGUGCCUCCGUCCGACGUAGAAAGACUGGUGUUCAUCGACGUCGUGGCCGACUCGACAUGGCUUCCCGUCCAGGUCCUCUAGAUCUGACGCGAGCAACCACCUCCGCAGCAUCAACGUCAGGAGCAGCAGCUCUAUCGGCGGACUCGGACCCCGACAUCGCCUUCUUUCAGCAGCGCCUGGGUGGCACGGCUCCCAGAGUUGUUGGCGCGACGCUGAAGCGGCCUGAAAGCACCUCCGCAGGUCCGCGGUCUCCAGGAGUGCGUUCACCACCGUGGGCGUCUCACUCGCGCGCGUCCGUGUUCGAGUUCGGUGACGAUACUCAGAGUGGAGUGGCUUCUCCUUCACCAGGGCCUUCCCCAGGCCCGGAUACAGUGUCUGCGAGCUUCUUCUUCGAGCCGGAUGAUGAUCCCCAGGCUGCGCUGCGGUCCGAGAGGGACUUUAUCGAGUACGUGCUGUCGCUGCCCUCGUCCGAUCUCGGCUCGGAGCGACUGCGGCCCCCGGGUGGUAGCGGACAGUUGCGCAAGUCUGCCACUGCGGGAGGUUCUUCCAAGGUGGGACUGGAACAUCUCGACCAUCUAUGUAAGCUGAUGGAGCAGCUCGGCGACCUCAGGGAACAGAACUCACUCCUCCAGAGAAGGAUUCAGUACCUAGAAGAGCUGAAGGGCCUGCAGGAAGCUCAGUGGACCAUGGGCAGUGGCCCAAAUCCCUCUGGUGUAUCCCCAAGUCAACGGCACGGUUCUGAGGAAAGCCUUCUCAAAAGCCGUGGCGGGGACGCACCCACCAAAGGCAAACGUAAUCUCAAACUGAAGAGGGCACUGUAUGUACAGCAGCGCGAACGAAGUAAAUCAGUGGGACAUGACACACCGGAGGCCAUUCCAGAUGCCCCUAUUCCUCAACCGACUCCCCCGAGACCUGCUCGAACAACCGUGGCAAGCCUGCCUCCACCGAUCCCGCCCCGGCGAGGCAACGAGCUAGGCGUCGGCAAAGCCAAGAUCUCAAAGUGGACAAAGGUGAAGGAGGCGUUUCGAUGGGAGAAGGCGCAGGAGAUUCGCGAGGACAGUGCAGGCCCCGGGGAGUCUGCAGCUCGGACACGACACGCGGAGUCCGCGCCUGUCGCACCGCUGCCAGAGUCCAAAUCGCAGGACUCGGGACUCGAGGUGGACCGGUCGCGCCUGCUGCAGAUUCCUGGAGGCUCCAGGUCGCGGGAUUCCUACCUGAGUCCGUCGCCCGUGGAUUCCAUGCUGUCAGGAGGCUCCACGGGCCUGACGCCCAACACGGCGGUGUCUUCGAUGUCCUCUUCGACCGCCUCCAGUUCGGAGGAUCUCACGGAACCGGACUUCGUGCGCAUGGCGCGAGAACAGGACGACAUGGAAUUGCCGAAAAACGCUUCGCUCUCCCUUCUAGAAACAUGGCGUCCAGACGAAACUUCCAAAACCAAGUCGCUCGAUCGCGAACUUCUUCGCGUACACGACAAAACCAAAGACAAGAAAGACCGAAGCACGUGGGGCAGAGUACGCGCCAUCGUCCAGCCGCGCAAAUACAGCGCCAAAAAGAAAUCGGGACGUGGCGGCGGUAUAGGUGGCGCCAGUGGCAAUGUGACCGACGGCGCAGUAUCGGACGGGGCAACACUAGAGACACCUAGUGGCGACUUUGAGGGUUACGAAAGCUACACCAGCGUCGCUGACGAGGAAGACGAAUCGCGACGUUUGCGACGCGCCGGCAGCUGGCGACGAAGGUCACAGGACGCUUCCCUGGAGCAGUCACGACGUCAUUCACGAGACGAGAGUCAUCCAGCGUCGGGUGAAGUCUCCAGACACGUAUCUCGUGACGAGUCUCGUGAAUCGCGCCCAGCUGAGGUGACACAAAGCACCAGAGAGGAUCCGCAGUUGGAGGCUUCACGGCAGACGUCGCGAGAGGAGGGACGAUUGUCUCCUCCCGACGUGUCUAGACAGGUUUCCAGGGAGGAGACGUCACGACAGUCGUCCAGGGAAGAGAGCCACGAAGGAUCGGUAGGACAGCACCAGCGUUCAGCCUCGGCAGGCACCCGGCCGACCUACGAGUCUCAAACCAGCAGUCUGGGGCGAGAGAGCAACUGGUCCAAGGUGAAGAAGGCCUUCCUCACGGGACCAGCCACAAGGAAGGACCUCCAGCGGACUGGCCACGAGCUACCCGAAAUAGACUGCCCCGCUUCCGAGUCGGAAGCGGGCCGGUCGCGCGAGGCGCCUGCCCGGCUGUCCGCGUCACCCGACUCACCUAGUUCUCCCACCGACCACGGUGUCACUGGUGGCGCCACCGUCGCCGACCAUGUCACCGAACUGCAAAAGAAUCUCAGCGAAGAUUUCAGUAAGAAAAUGCAGGAAUGGGAGCGGAAAAGGAGCGGCGGCCCGUGUCGGGUCGCCGAGGAGCAUGAGGCACGCCCAGAGCGAAGGAGCCGUAAGGAGGAGGUCGAGCGCCAGCGGAAGGUCACUCAGGUACAACAUGAAGAGCAACUUCCUGCGGAAUUCCGACGCCGUCUUCACGAGUGGGAACGCAAACAGCGCGAGGGUAGCGGUCGCCGGAAACGAACCGAAGAUGGUGGCCAUCCGGAAGUCCGGCGGAAGCUCACCGACCAGCCGGAAGUCCGCCGGAAGUGCACUGACCAGCCGGAUGUCCGCCGGAAGUGCACGGAUGGAGAGCGACGCCGCGGGAAACAUGAGAGUAGGGAACACGGGAGGCAACACGCUACAACACCCCAGGCGGUGGAGGAGGAUCACCUUCCAGCCGAGUUCCGUAAGCGUCUCACCGAGUGGGAGAUCGCCAAGGCACUGGCCGGCAAGUCCCAGCAGAACGUGGAGCAGCUGCAGAAGCACCUGCCGUCAGAGUUCAACAAGAAGUACGAGGAGUGGAGGCUCAAGAUGAAGAUGGCAGAGGUGAAGGCCGGUCAUGGGGCACCAUCACAGGGACAGGUCAGUCCGGGCAGUCAGAAGCGGAGGGCGGCAGAACUGCGCCGUCAAACCAGGACCAAGGACCUCCAGUGGCUGGAGCGGGAGCUACAGAAGGUUGAAAGAGAGAAAACACGGCUAGAAAGAGAGCGGGAGAAAUAUUUGGAUCGGGAGGCCAGACUGGAGCGUGUUCGUGACGCGAUGAGAAGACCUAAAGAGGACAAGGAGGACAAAGUCACGAUCAAAACCGCCGAGGGCGAGUUUCGAUUCGAGGGCAUCAACAAAAACUUUACCAAGAAACUCUACGAGUGGGAAGAGAGGCGUGGAAUCCCACCCGAUUCGGAGUCAUCAACGAUUGCUCUUCUGGCUCCCAACUACCGUCCCCAUGAGCUGGCUGAACAGGACGCAGGGCGCAUGGUCAGGUGUAAGUCGGAGGGGAGUCUCGCCGAGCUGACGUCAUCAGCUCUGGGUCAACACAGCCGACAAUCAUCAGAGGACAAAACGGCUGGAGGACUCGACGGUACCCUUGGAGAUUCUACGAAGGCGUGUUCGGAGCCGGACCUGCGUUCGGACGCGGCGGACCGGCCGCCAACUGACCGCUCAGCUGACUGCGGCGCAUGCGCAGUGCUGGUGGACGUGGAGGAGGUGGUAGCUGCUCCUCUGGAGGACAUUCCACCGGUGCAGGCCCAGGAACCCGUCUACAGCUACGCCCCCGACGAAGUGACGAGACUGAUUGACUCCAGCGGCAGUGACAGUGAGCUUCCUGGCCGGUACCGGCCCCGAGAGGACCUUCUGGUGACAUACGAGGUGCCUGAGAUAGCCGCGGGGCACGACCCGCAGCAGGCCGGGGGCUCCUACUCGGGCCUGUUGGAUGUCAACAUCUCCAUCCUGGACAAGCUGAAGCAGAAGGAGGACGUUUGCCGCUGCCUGGAGGAGAAGCUGGAAGAAAUUGGCCAGAACAUGAUUCAGAUUCAGGAGGAACACCGCCAGGAACUAGAGAAACUUCGGAACGAGAAAACAAAGAAGACUCAGACCAAAGAAGGUGACGGACUGAAGGCGGAGGAAGAACUAGUAGAAAACAACCUCCAGAUGCUGGAGAAUCUACAGCAGCGGUGUAAUGAGCUCCAGGGCACCGGGGCUCGACUUCAGGAGGAGCGGGAACAGAUUCAGGCUUCGCUUCAGCACCACAGCGACCAGCAGGCGGACCUGGCCCGACAUCUGGUGGGCAAUAUGAGGAAACUACACGCCGCUGGAUCCUCCAUAGACGUCGCUAGCGAACAGGCGCACGACACCAAAGAUGCUCCAGAAGAAGCCUCUGCCACCACAGAAGCGCUUCAGGUGGACGCAGCGGAGGGGCUUCUCCUGCCUUCUCCUGGUGCUCGCAGAAAACAGAUCGAUAAGAAAACGGUGGACAAGCUACAAGCUAUCAGCACCGAUCUCCUAUCGCAGGCCAAGCGACUUGAGAAGGCUCUCGGGCCACGACAGGGCAAACGACCAACGCGGUCCUAUUCUCAAGGUCACCACAGCAGAAGUUGGUCACGGAACACGGAGACGCCUCCUGAUUGGCUGAGAGGUGACGACAAGCCGGCCUGGCAGGCCGCUGAUUGGUCGACACUGCCCAGUCAGCUGAGCAAGAAAGUGGAGGAGCUGCAGAGGGAGAUGCUGCUUCUCUGCACCGCUCGAGCGUCCCCUCACAGUCCUCCGCUGAGUAUGAGUCCUCCAAUGGAGGAGCUGGGUGAAGGGGACGACUUCAAUCCAGAGGAACCCAUCAGUUUCACCUUCCAUCUGCCGUCUCAGCAGAAAAACCGGCAGUUUCAGGAGACAGACGAAGACCGUGACCAGCUGAGUCACGAGUGCGGAGUCAGCGAGCCCACAUCUACUGCUGAUGAUCUCUGCCCCACCAGUCCCGACGAGGAGAUGCUGGCGUCGCAAUGUUCUUCCUCGCGAUCUUCUGUUGAAGAUCUCGGAGCUGUGGCUAAAUGGAGGAACAAACGCGAUCUCUACACGUCCUACGAUCAAACGCUCAAGGAGAUGCAGCGUGAACUGGAGUCUGUGGAGGCGCAGUACGCCCUGGACCGGCGGCGAAAGAGUUCCGAUGACGUCAUUUCCACACCGUCCUCGUACCGGAGUCGGUCCUCGAGUAUACCCUCCUCCGAGGACGUCGAUGAGCCCAAACUGUUUCAGAUGGCUGAGCACCCCGAACACUUCAUCGAGGAGGAAGAGGACGACGGUAACGCCACCGACUCUCGAUCCGAGCACGGGGCUGAGUGGGACUCCACAGACUCCCAGGGUCCGCGGGUCUCCCAGGCGCUGUCUUCUGCUUCGGAGGACCGUCUGUUCACCGCCGGCGCCACAAGAACUUUUGAAAUUCCCACUGUGGAUACGAGGUAUCUCUCUAGCCUGCCGCCCGCCACCUCAGCUCCUGUGAUUGUUUCUGCGCAGAGAACUGUGUAUUCUGUGGAUCACGGGAAACUUCAGGUUCAUGUUCGGGAUCAGGUGGAUACACCAUCGACUUCAACACCACGUGGCGUCAAUGUAACGUCACGUGAGUCUGCAAACGAACCAUCACGGUCUCCAACACAACGCGAAGGCGUCAAUUUGUCAUCACGUGAGUCAGAAAAUGCACCACCGCAGUUGACAGUACAACGAGAAGGUGCUCAUGUGACUUCUCGAGAAGGGAUGAGUCUCUCACUUCACCCAGUAGAUGAGGUAGCUGAUCGUCUGUCCAGCACAACUCCUACUCCUACCGCAAGUCCACUUCCCCUGAGGCUGGAGGUGACGUCGAAUGAACGACCACCAUUGCAGGCUAGUCUUUCGGUGACAUCACAAGAGUCAACACCUAGCGUGGAAGGCAGUGAAGAGGACGUCGCGAAGGGAGGUGCUGAGGUUCCACUGGUGCUUGAACCAGUCGCGGCUGCUGUUGCAGCUCGUGCUACUGGUGAUGCUGGUGAUGGUGGCGAAAGGAAAGCUGGUGCAGCUGGUGACGAAGCUGCGACUCAUAAUGACAGCGAAGCAAAGACGGGUCCUAGCAAGAUUCUGAGUGAUCGUGAUGAAGCGAGUACGCAUAAUGUCACCACUAUCCAGAAGGUUGACAAUGGGAGUGGUUAUGUGGAAAGCCAGAUCCCUGGAAGGGUGAACAUGGCAUCACAAGGAGGCACCAUUAGACCAGAACCUGAUCAAGUCGAGCAAGAGGCAAAAACAACCGAAGAGGCAGAAUGUGACAAAGUCAAGGUUCAUGUCCAGUCUUCGCAUGACGUUGAUGUAGCACAAAGUGAAGCGAAUCGUAUGCUGAAGACUGAGCCUGAAAUAUAUCGCUCAGAGUCUGUAAAAGGCCCAAACACGCCUCAAGACAUAUCACCUUCAGAGAGUGUCGCCACUCAACUAAAAAGCGAAGACCCUUUGAAGAAGGACGACAGUAAAGCUUUGCAUCCUGUCAUCAAAUCUACCACCGAGCUUCAUGUUCCCGACGUCGAAGCCAAAACAACAACAGCGACCGAAGAACAUCAUCAUCAUUACACCCCGCAACCUUCCGAGCAAUCAAAACGCAGCGUUCUGACUCUUGCAGGAUCCUCACAGAACAUCCGGGGAAUGAUUGAGAAGUUCAACAACAUCUCAGACUCUCCGGAAACCUCAACACCAGUCCUACCACGAAGGGACAUCCAUCGUCCUCACGCGGACACAAGCAACGUUGCUUUGCAGUUGCAGAAGAGCCUGUCAGACGGUCUUGUCAUGCUGUCUUCAAGAGAUGAUAAUGACGAGGACGAAGCACACCACGAUUCAAAUCUCAUAGCGCAGGCGCGCUCGGCGAGCGGAGGUGCCGUGUUGCAACCGGAACCUCCUAGCGGAAGUCCUGGUGGUUUGAGUCCUUCACUCGCCGUCAGAGGCGCGGAACCGCGUGGCCUUGCGGGACGUCCCCCGCGAUGGAGUCCUCUGCCGCCGAUUUCUAGUCAAGUGCCGCAUUUGACUAGCUCUCCGGUGUCUCUGAGAACUAGGGUGAGCUCCGGAGGUCACCCAGUCACGCCAUCCACCCCUUCUUCAGCGCCAAUCUCUCCAGGAGCCACGUCGCCGUUCCCACCAUUCUCACACUGCGUGACGUCAUCUGUGACGUCGCUGAGUGUGACCACGCCCACCGGUGUCGACUCCUCUCUCGACUCUUCAUUCGACUCGGCGUUCGAGGCCGCUCGGUUUGGUUCCGAGGGACGAAGUCCCACUCCAACCGCUCGAGCCGAGAGACUCCGUCGAGCCAGAGAUCAGUUCUUUGGCGCCACCUGGUCAUCGCGCCCUUCAGCUUCUGGAGGUGAAGCAGACGCCGACUCUGCUGGAGGUCCUUUUCCUUUCGGUGCUGAAAGCCCUCAGCGACCUCCUCGACGAAGAACAGGAAGCAGAGCUGCAGGUCUGGCUCACAGUAAGAGCACAGGAACAAUUAACGAGGCCUCCGUCCGCCACAGCGACAUUAGCUGUGGGAGUGACUUCAGUGAUGUUAGCGUUGAAGAGGCAAGACUGGACGCACCUCCAUCAGCUCGAGUGGAAGCACCUUCUGGCUCAGCUGCAUCGAUACCACCGAUCUCACCAGCCCCGGUAGCACCUCCUUCAACAUCAAAGUCAGCAGGAUCACGAGUCGCACAUUUCCUGCGGCUGAGGCACGCAAAGAAGAGGAAGGGUUCAGCGAUUGGGGCGUUAAUCAGACAGAGUAUGGCAGUGAAUGCGGGACAGGUGAUGCCGGGGGCGGAGGAGGGUGGGGCGGCCGCGGCGGUGGUGCCAGCGGCGGUAGGGUCACAAGCGGAGACGGGGGCGGUUGGCCAUGAAGCCGAGGUCGCCGGAGCAGCCGCAGCUGCACCACCAGCGCCGGUCAGAAGUUGUCCCUCCACUCCGGUAACGGAGAGAGCCUCUCGGUCAGAGGCGCGCCAGAGGCCUGGGUGGAGGGCCAGGAAGCUGUUCAGGUCACCCACACCGCCCGGGGGUAGAUAGGACUGUGUUUAAAAACAGAUAACGAAGACAUCUUCAACGCGCUCAGGCUCUUGUGCUUGCUAUCCGACGGAUAAAUUCAAUACCGUCUACGAAAGACUGUAUUUCGCUGGUCACUGCAAUCACUUGGUUCUUUUUUUCUUCGUGACAAAUGGAUGAAAGUGAUUUGGUUGAGCGUUUAUUCCCAUAAGCAACAGCCCAAAAGCCAACUUAGCAGUCAGCAGUAUUCUUUCUGAACUGGAGCGUUACCAAUACGUUCGAGAACAAGAAAGCUACUUUAAAACGCUAAAUUUGAGAGAAGAGCAAGGAAGGUAUCUACACAACAUCUGGUUUGAAGAAAAGAACUCAAAUGGUGUCAAAUCCAUUAUUUGGUUGACCUACUAUUGGACUCGAAUGCGCUGCAUUGUCACAGCUAUACUGCAGUAAAAACAGUGUCAUGUGACAUGCCCGAUAAGUUGAUGCUCAGUGCCUAGUCAGUACAUAGUCGGUGCCUAGUCAGUGCCUAGUCGAUGCCUGGUCGUUGCCUAGGGGUACGACCAUUAGUGAAUAAGUGCCUUAUAGUUUUGUCUACGCGCUCGAUAUUACUAUGCAAUAAAUAUUACCGUUGGU